AUGGAAGAUGUUACUAUUGAAUGCACUAAAUCUAAAGAGGCAAGUACCCUAUUCUUUGAUAAUAUCAAUGGAAUACUAAUAUCUUAAAGACUAUAUCUGAACUAUACAUCAGCCAUACCAGUUGGAAAUAUCUACAUUUUUAACGCAGUUAUGGUUGAAUUACAUGAUACCCAGUUGUAUAAUCCAAUAGGUAUGCAGUUGUCUAGUUUUUUAAGUUUUAAGUAUUUGAAAUAAUCAGCUUAUCUAAGUAACACUAUCAUUGAUUGCUUCAGAUAUGGUGGCCCAGAUUAAUAUGAUGAACGACCAGUUCAAUCAGUUAUUCUUGAUGAUUUUUAAUAAAUUUACUAAGAUUCAACUACAAUUUCCUCACUUAUCUAUAUAUUUUGGGGAUAACUCUAAUUGAACAAUUUUACAGUUUAAAAUUGUGAUAUAAGAGGCUAAUAAUAGGUAAUAAUAGCUGAUCUCUAAAAAAAUACUGUCAUUAUUCUCAAUUCAACAUUUACAAAUUUCCAAGCAUUUGGAUUUUAAUUUGGAUUUAAUCAAUAAGUCUAUUUUGAUGAAGUAAAGUUUAUUGAUGUCUAUUCUAUAGGGAAUUCUUUCUUAAUGUUUAUGGAUUCAAGACUUUCACUCAAUAAUGUAACUUUAAGAUCUAUAAUAUCAAAUUCAGGCCUCAUUGAUUUCACUUAUGCUGAAAAUAUUAUUCCUUCUGAAUUAAUAAUCAAGAAUAGUAUUUUCUAAGAUAUUAGUAUGAAUGCUUAUAAAUCUUUUUUGCAAGUUAGUCAGGGAAUUAAUUUUCUGUACUUUGAUUAGAUUAUAAUAAAAAAUAUCACCAACUAAAUUUAACAGUAACAAGGACUGAUAACUGUAGAUCCAAAUAUUUUUUACGAAACUGUCAACACCUUUAUUAUAAAAAACUCAUAUAUUGGAGACUUUGAAUCAGUAUAAGGAUAGACUCAACUCUUAUAUAGCAAACAGCCUUAAUUAAAUUUAACUAUCAUUAACACCACUAUUGAAUGCUCAUCAGUGAUGGCUGAUUCCCUCAUUUUAGAUGAAAAUUAAAAUCUCGGAAUAAUUUACAUUGAAGAUUCUAUUUAUGGUUUCCAUUCUUAUGAUUCUAUUUUCAGAUAGUGUUAAAAAUCAAAUAAUGGUUAAUUCAUUCAUCUUAAAAACACAAAAUUUGAUGACUCUUUUUCUACGUUUUAAAAUAAUCUUGCACCUUAAGGAGGAGUUUUUUUAUGCAAUAGCUGUUCAAUUAAAAUGGAAAACAGCAUUUUUAAAAAUAAUUUAGCUAGUCAAGGAGGAUGCAUUUUUACUGAUGAUACUGUAUAGAUCAUUCUUAUGAAUAUUACAAUUAUCAGCAAUUAGGCUUUACGUGAUGGAGGAUUCAUAUAUAUGAGAUAGAACAGUUAACAAACAGAUGAAUAAACAAUAUUUAUACUUAAAAAUUCGAAUUCGUUAUUUGAUAAUUAAGCGACAAGAGGUGGUUUUAUUUAUUCGGCUAAUCCAAGUGCUAACAUUAUCCUGCAAAAUAUAACUGUUUCAAGUAUUUCUUCUUCUUUAAAUGGAGGUUUUAUCAGUUUGUAAAGUGGACUCAAACUUUUAAUUUAAAAUUCUAAAUUUGAUACUUUUAAAUCUAUUCAUGGUGCAUUAGUAUAUUCUACAGCUGACUCAAUAACUAUAAAUAUUUCUAACUCAGUUUUUAUUUGUGAUGCAGUCGAAACAUUUAAAAAUAAGUCCUUUUAACUUUCCGAUGGAAAUUAUUAAAGUGACUCAGAUACUCAGAUAUACGUAUCUAACGCUGCUGAGUUUCAUUCAUCUUAAAAUUUAUUUUAGUACUGUGGAACUUCUUCAUUAGGAGGGGUAUUCACCUUAACCAAAACUAAAUUCAAUGAUUUCAAAUCAACAUAUAUGUACAACUCAGGAUUAUAUGGUGGUGUUAUCUAUAGUUAAGAAAGCCAGAGUGUAUUAAUCUAAUCUAAAUUCAGCAGCAAUCAAGCGAAAUUAGGAGGUACAUUUUAUAUGGUUUCUUACUCAAAUUUGACAAUAAUAAAUUGUGAAUUCUCAGAAAAUUAUGCCUCAGAAUCAGGUGGAGUAUUAUUCUUAUCAACUCAGUCUAUUUUAUAAAUAUCUGGCUCAGAAUUCACAAAAAAUGUAGCUUAAGACAAUUCAGUCUUAGAUGUGCUUGGAGCCAACUUAAAUUACGUUAUAAAGAUUGAAAAAUCUAUUUUUGAAGAUAACUAUUCUGUAAGAAAUACUCUAUCCUUUGUUUACGCAAACGUUUUACUUUCAGAUUCAUAAUUCAAAAACAAUAUCGCUAGAGAAAGAACGAAGGGAAUACUUUGUGGAUUUGCUAAUAUAACUAUUGAGAAAACCUUUUUCAUUAGCUAAAUCUCUAAUAAUUACUUAUAGUAAUUACAAGACGAGUAAACAACUGGCUCCUAUAUCUUUUUGAUAUUCAAUGUUAACAUGAAAUUAAGGUAGACUUAGUUUUGGAAUGGCAUGUCUAACCUAGGGGGUGCAAUAUUUAUUUCAGGAGAUAGUAUUGCUGACAUUUAGUAGUCUACUUUUUAAAAUAACAAAGCAAGAUCAAAGGGAGGAGCAAUAUAUGCAACAAGCUUUAAGUCCAUUUAUAUAGGCAAUAAUACAAUUUUAAAAGACAAUUAUGCGAUUGAUUAAGGAGAGGAUAUUUAUCUAACAAAUUCAGUUAAUACUUUGACUUUGAACAAAGUACAAAUAUCUAAUGUUAAUGCAAAGAAUUCCAUUUACAUUGAAUAAGCUAAAUUAUAUGCAGUUGACUUGAUUAUUAAAGAUAUUUACUCAAAUAUACAUUCUUAAAGUGGUGGAGGAAUAAAUUGCUAAUAUUGUACUGGAUUAGACAUAAGAGAUUCAACUUUUAGUAACUUGAGAUCAGUUUAUGGAGGUGCAAUAUACAUAAUUGAUUUUGAUUUAAAUAAAGGAACAACUGAUAUUGAAAAAACAAGAAAAUUCUUUAUAACUAACUCAGUUUUUAAAAAUUGCUCAGCUUAAGAAGGAGGGGCAAUCAUGACAGAAAAUGCUCAAUCAGUCUUGUUAAUGGAUAACUAAUUUAUUUGGAAUAAAGCGAUGAUUAUAAAAGAUUAAUUGAUUUAGGUAUCUGAAGCAGGAUCAGGCGGUGCUAUCUAUUAUACGUGCAAUGAUGAUAUUUUGAACUGUAAACUAACUUUUGAUGGUGUAAACAUCUUUAAAUUCAACUAUGCUUAAAUUCAAGGUGGAGCUAUAUAUUGGAAUUCUCUUGAACCUAUCUAUAAUAACUCUAAUCUUAAUUUCAUAAAUAACUCUGCAAAGUAAUAUGGAGACAAUAUGGCAUGCUAUGCUCAAAAUCUAGGCUCUUUAUCAAAAUAAUAAUAUAAGGAGCAAAUGAUUAAAAUAGGAUUAUAUACAUUGGAUGAUUUUGAUUAUAGAGAGCUUUAAUAUUAUUAAUCAGAUGAAAUAAUGUUUAAUUAAUCUGUUGAUAAUCAAAGAAGUGGUGGAUAAAUACCCAUCAUCUAUAUGGCACUAAUAGACAAAUAUGGUCAGAUUGUAGGUUCUGAUUUUUAAAGUAAAGUUAGAAUUUCAGUUUAAACGAAUAAUCUAGACUCAAAAGCUAGUAUGUUUCCACCUAUUCUUGAAGGCAGUAGUGAUUUUUCUACUUUAGGAGGAGUCUCAGUAAUAGAUAGCGUUUUUAUAGCAGGAAAUCCGGGGAGCAAAUAUUAAAUAUCAUUUUCAACAGAUGGUAUUGAUCUGACUAAACCAUCUAACAAAGAAUAUUUACAAAAAUUGAGUAGCAGCGAUCUCAACUUUUUAUUAGAUUUAAAGCUUAGAGAAUGUUAAAUUGGAGAGCAAUUUACUUCAGUAGGUAAAUGUCAGAAAUGUGAAGAUAGCUAUUCUUUAAUAUAAAUGAGAGAACCUGGUUCUUGCGCGAUAUGUCCUACUGAAAAAGCAGUUUGCUUGGGUGGAGCUAAUAUUGGUCCAUUACCUGGGUACUGGAGAAAAAAGGUUAUAGAGGCACUCUGUGUGCUGAUUGUGAAAAAGGUUACUCUAGAGAUAAUGAUUAUUAAUGUAAAUAAUGCCCUGAGCAUUGGGUGA